GACCCCACGGAGAUCGUCAGGAGCAAGGCCUGCUCCCGAAGGGUCAAGCUCAACGUGGGGGGGCUGGCCCAUGAGGUUCUCUGGCGGACCUUGGACAGGUUGCCGCGGACCAGGCUGGGGAAGCUCCGGGACUGCAACACACACGACUCCCUCAUGGAGAUCUGUGAUGACUACAACCUGGAGGAAAAUGAGUACUUCUUCGACAGGCAUCCCGGGGCAUUCACCUCGAUCUUGAACUUCUACCGUACUGGCAAGCUGCACAUGAUGGAGGAGAUGUGCGCCUUGUCCUUCAGCCAGGAGCUGGACUACUGGGGGGUGGAUGAGAUCUACCUGGAGUCCUGCUGCCAGGCCCGCUACCACCAGAAGAAGGAGCAGAUGAACGAGGAGCUGAAGAGAGAAGCCGAGACACUGAGGGAAAGGGAAGGGGAGGAAUUUGAUAACACUUGCUGUGCUGACAAAAGGAAAAAGCUCUGGGACCUUCUGGAGAAGCCCAACUCCUCCGUAGCGGCCAAG